AUGCGCUGCUUCCAGAAUCGCCCUGGGACAGGUACUGCAACUGUGGCUGCCGGCGAUACGUUAGGCUUCGUUGCCGCAGCUUCCAUCUCGCACUUCGGACCGGUGCAAUUCUACAUGGCAAAAGUACCCGAUAGUGCGGAUAUCAAUACGUGGGAGGCAGCGGGGAACGUAUGGUUCAAGGCAGCGAGUAUAAGCGCAGUGGGGAGUCCGUUGACUAGUGGGGAGAGCACAUGGCCCGCAUAUCAGAAAUCGCAAGUUGAGUUCCAGAUUCCAAAGAACGUGCCGAGCGGCAAGUAUCUUGUUCGUGUAGAGUCAAUCGCACUCCACCAAGCUUCUUCGGUCGGUGGUGCGCAGAUGUAUCUUUCGUGCGCACAGGUAGAGGUUAUUGGUGGUGGAAGUGGUAAGCCUGGACCUUUGGUAGCGUUUCCGGGUGCAUAUAACGCCAACGAUCCUGGUCUGAGGUGGUCGUACUAUCCGAUCGCGACGAGUUAUACUGCUCCGGGACCUGCUGUGUGGAAUGGCAACUGA